AAACAAAGGUCAUUGUUUUCAUUGUCUUUUGUUUAGUAAUUCAGUUUUGCCAGUCGACAUGAAUUUAAGCUUGAUAUUCAUAACAACUAUUGUCAUUGGGAUUCACGGCCAGGCUGGGCCCUCCAAACAUGGGCCUCUCAAGACCCUUACUUCUAAUCUAAGAAGCCACCAGUCUCUCGAGCCUUCUCAUGAUUUCUUGAAUUCUCAAUUUCGAGGGAGCAAAGCCCGUAUACACGAGUUAUUGUUGGAACUGCUCAGUCUCUAUGAGGAGGAGUUUUUCUCCAAAGCAAAUCCCGUAAACUGGGACCCGAAUAAUGAGCCGAUGCCUCCUAUGUACGAGAAUCCAACGAUCAAUGAGGAAUUACAUAGCCGAGCCAAUCAAGGAUCCGAAGUUUCCAAAGUCAAACUUGAUUCUCUCUUGAAAGUUACUUCUGAUGAUCCAUGGACCAUUGAAGACAUUUCAGGAACUACUGAAGAAUCCCUCGACCUGUUGACUACAUAUUCCUUGAACGAGGAUUGGGAUGAAUUGCCCUCCUCAAGUUUUCCAUUGGAUAUUAGUACAGACAUCCCAGGCAUGGACAAUAGGAUCAAGCAGGAGUCAAAUUUGAGAAAUGGUGGGCUUACUCCACUUCCACAGGAUUAUGAUUUCAACUCCCAAGUGUCUCAGAAUUCAAAUCAUCAUUUCACGACAGAACCUCUUUACGCUAAAGAGUCAAUUGAAAUUUUCACCGAUCAAUACGAAAGUCAAUUCAGCAAUCCAACAUUUUUGGAUCACAGCACUGAAGGUCUAUUAGAUGAGGGGGAGACAUCAACAGCAAUUACAUUCAAUCACCAAAUGACCUCUGUUGAGCCAUUAUUGGAAAAGGCUCCAACUUUGACAAAUCCGAAUACCGAGCCUUUCAAAGAUUUGGUUAUGAAUUCCACGGAAGCAACCCAGUCUCAAGAUCCAGGAAUCAGCUCUAGUACAAAUUCGAGCCAUCCGGUCAAGUUCAUGAUGAACAUGAUGAAGGAUUAUCAUAAAGAAAUGUUACACGAGUUAGUCAGCUCAUGUGAUAACUCCACGGGUCCUUGUCCAAUCCUCCCCACAAACAAAACUGGCACGGCAAUUGAACCCAAAACUUCUCAUAGUUCCAACACGGUUCCAACCCCUUGGGCUCGAAAAGUUGAGAAAGAUCCUAAUCCGGACCAAUUGGUAAACGGUCCAAGCCAUGGUCCUGGAAAUGUAGACGCGGAAAUUGCUUACGUCGAUCCAGACUACCCUUCAGCUCCUGAUGUUCCUGAGGGACAACGGGUCCAAGAGGUCGAAUAUGUGGAAUCACAUCCAAUGAAAUAUAAACCCUUUCUAAGAUUCGGCAAUCUUAACUCAGGGUGGCGAAAUUACAGGAACAAGUUUGGUUUGUUCCGUCAAAGUCGUUUUAAAAACCAUUUGUGAAAUUGAGUUGAGGACGCCAUUGAAAGUGCACAAUGGACUUGUUUAUUGGUUUGUGCAAUGUGGAACAUAUUUUUGAAAUAUCUAUUGCAUUUGGGA